AGCGAUGAGGCAACGUAUCGCCGUCCGGCGAGCGAGGGUAAGGGAUAUUUGGGCUUCUUCGUCUCGAAUGGGCUAUUCCUCAGCGCUUCACGGUUCCCCUACGCUCUCAAGGUGCACCCCCAAAGCUCUCGAUGCGCUAUUCCUUCUCAACGAUGGACUACCCCUUUCGCCCGCGCCCACCUCGCACGCGCAAGAAUCUGCUUCCCCUUUGGCGUUGAGGCAGUGGAUCGCCGUCCGCGGGGUGAUGAGUAUCACCCCUUGGACGCCGAGUACUCACCAUUCGGGCGAUGAGUAUCCACCACUCGGGCGAUGAGUGUCCACCACUCGGGCGCUGAGUGUCCACCACUCGAGCGCCGAGUAUAUAGGUCUUCGUCCCCCGAUCUGGUGGCUCGUUCUUGCGUUGCUCGCCUUCGAGUUGGGGUAUCGCUUUUCUUUGUAGCUCGGUAGACACCGCUAGCUCAGUAGACACCUCGUACUGCGAUGUUACUAGCUAUGAAUUGCAAUGAAAG